AGAGGAAGAGAGAAACACUUUCCACCCAGGAAAAAAGGAACUCAAACAACACUUGUUGCCAACACUGAGGGCACGCACAGGCACGCAGUGUGACACAGGAACCCACCUGGACCCUGAGAACAGAAUCGCUGUACUGACAGUCUGUGUGACAGACAAAGGCACACCUAGACACCAGCACAAGCAGGUACACAGCUACAGAGAUACAUGAGCCUCUGCAGCCUCAGGUGUAUGACCACACAGUAACCUGCUCUCGGUGGAUCUGUCUCUUAGGAACCAGGGACAGCAAGGGAGAAGGAUUCUACGAAUGGCUGAAGCUCCAAAGAUUGAGCUCUUCAUCAAGGCGAGUGAUGAUGGAGAGAGUGUGGGGAACUGUCCGUUCUGCCAGCGACUCUUCAUGAUCCUCUGGCUGAAGGGGGUUAACUUCACCCUCACCACUGUCGACAUGAAAAGGGCUCCAGAGGUGCUGAAGGACCUGGCCCCAGGCUCCCAGCCGCCCUUCCUCAUCUUUAAUGAUGAGGUGCGCACUGACACCAACAAGAUCGAGGAGUUUCUUGAGGAGGCUCUGGCGCCCCCACAGUACCCCAAGCUGUGCUGUCGCUAUAAGGAGUCCAACGGUGCAGGAGAUGACAUCUUUCACAAGUUCUCAGCCUACAUCAAGAACCCCAACCCUGGGCUCAAUGACAUGCUGGAGAAGAAGUUCCUUAAGAGCCUCAUGAAGCUGGAUCAGUACCUGCUUACUCCCCUCCCACACGAGCUGGACAAGAACCCGGACCUGAACCAGUCAACUCGACAGUAUCUGGAUGGAGACUCCCUGACCCUCGCAGACUGCAACCUUCUGCCCAAGCUCAACAUUGUCAAGGUUGUGUGUAGGAAGUACCGGGACUUUGAGAUCCCUGCGGCUCUGACGGGGCUAACCCGGUACCUGGAGCACGCCUACCGCCAAGAAGAGUUCCGCCACACCUGUCCCAAAGACUCCGAAAUCCUGCUUGCCUAUCACUCUGUGGCCAAAUACCUCAACAGAUAAAAGGAGUGAAGAUGAGAGAGGGAGAUGUGAUGGAGGAGACAGGGCCAUCAGGAGAGAUGGGGAUGGAUGAGUGUGUACAUGUGAGUGUGAGUGUGUGUGUGUGUGUGUGUGUGUGUGUGUGUGU